UUGGCUGUUCUGACUACCACCCAAACCCUCUCCUCACCCUUUUCUUCUCUCUCUCUCUCUCUCUCUCUCUCUGUGCACAAGUGCUCUCUCUCUCUCUCUCUCAAAUACUGAUUUUCCAAACCCUAGAAUCCCUGAAACUCCAAAAAAUCCCCAAUUUCACAACCACCUCUCUCUCUCUCUCUCUUUCUCUCUCUGUGUGUUCUCGGAGCUCUCUUUAAUCCAGUGAGUGUGUGUGUUCGCUUUGCUUCUUUAGAUCUUUCUCUCUCUCUCUAUCUCUCUCGUUCUUGCUCAAGUUUCGCGACCCGACGACCGUUCGAUUCCUGAUAUGGCGGAAGGCAAGCUCGAUCUGCCAGACGAUCUCCUCUCAUCUAAGCCGUCCGAUCACUCCUGGUCCGCCAAAGUGGAAGCUUCGGGUGGGAAUGAUGAGGAUAAGGUGCUUAUGGGGUUACUUGAUGAGUCAAAAGAUCAAUCAGCCUCAGAAAGCAGCAUACCUCUAUCUCCCCAGUGGCUUUAUGCCAAACCGACUGAGCCUAAGAUGGAAAUGCGUGGUCCAACUUCAGUGUCUCUUGGUAAUCCUACUGAUCCCAAUCAAAAAGACAAUUGGCGUCUGGAUGGAUCUGAGGACAAAAAGGAUUGGAGGAGGACUGCUGCUGACAGUGAAAUUAGCCGCCGCUGGCGUGAAGAGGAAAGAGAAACUGGCUUACUUGGUGGUAGAAGAGAUCGUAGGAAGGCUGAGCGCCGUGUUGACAAUGUCUCAAUGAGAGAAACCGUCGAGAGUAGGGCAUUGCCUACCUCGGAUCGGUGGCAUGAUGGUCGUAAUUCUGGGCAUGAAACACGGCGUGAUAGCAAAUGGUCUUCUAGGUGGGGCCCUGAGGACAAAGAUAAGGAAUCCCGAACUGAGAAGAGGACAGAUCUGGAGAAAGAAGAUGCUCACAAUGACAAUCAAUCUUUUGUGGGUAGCAACCGUUCAGUUUCUGAGCGUGACUCUGAUUCUCGUGAUAAAUGGAGGCCACGCCAUAGAAUGGAGGUUCAUUCUGGUGGUUCUAAUGCCUACCGUGCUGCACCUGGAUUUGGACUUGAGAGAGGACGAGUAGAGGGUUCAAACAUGGGAUUUACCCUUGGACGAGGGAGGUCAAAUGUUGUUGGGAGAGGUUCAUCUACUGGUCCCAUUGGUGCUGCAGAUAAAAGCGAAAGUGUCCCGGGGAGACCAAGCCACUCUGUUGAUUCUUUUUGCUACCCAAGGGGAAAGCUUCUUGACAUAUAUCGGAGGCAAAAGCUUGAUCCAUCUUUUACAAUUAUGCCAGACGAUAUGGAGGAGUUAGCCCCCAUUACUGAAGUAGGCUUUAUAGAACCAUUGGCUUUUGUUGCUCCUGAUGCUGAACAGGAGGCCAUCCUUGGUGAUAUACGGAGGGGAAAGAUCACUAGCAGCGGGAUGGUGUACAGUUUGUAUAGAAAGGGGAGAUCAACUGAAAAUGUUACAGGUGUUGAAGACUUAGACUCCACUGAGCAAAAUCAGGGUAUCCUACUCCCAGCUUCCAAUGAUGAGGCUGCUGAUACUUCACAAGAAGCUGCAACUGAUGAUGUAUAUCAAGCUGACGAUGAUGGUACCUUGUGGAAAUAUGGUUCCAAGAGGAAUGCGGUAGAUGAAAAAUAUAUUAAAGAAGCAGAAGAUAAUGUUAUUGGAGCAAUCAAUGGGUUGGAAGAUGGAUUAGCCCCAAUAAUUUCAGAAAGUAAUGGUGUCUGUGGUGCCACAGAGAUUGAUGGUGCUCAGCAUAGUGCUUCUCAGAUGAAUAUUGGUGAAAAAUGGCAGAUGGCGGAUUCUGAUUUUGCCAAGCAUGUUCAGUUUGAUGGCAUUGAGUUUUCCACUUCAUUUGACCUAAGAUCCAAACUUCCCGAUGAUUCAAAUUCUCUCUUUGUUGUGCCCUCUCCUGAGCAGAAUCAAAGUAGAAACAGUCAGGCAAAUGACUUGGAUAGGGUAGCCCCACCAGAGGAGUUAAGUUUGUACUACGUUGACCCUCAAGGGGUGACCCAGGGACCAUUUGUUGGGGCUGACAUCAUUUUAUGGUUUGAACAAGGUUUCUUUGGGACAGACUUGCCAGUCCGCUUGGCAGAUGCUCCUGAAGGAACACCUUUCCAAGAACUGGGUAAGGUAUUGCCUUACCUGAGAGCCAAAGACGGAUAUGACAAUAGCACUGAACCAAACUCUAAGCUAGAACAUUGUGGUGCCUUUGAGGAACAGUUGGACACUAGUUUACCUGCUUCUGCUUCUGUUAUGGAAAUUAAUUCAUCAUCAGUAAAUGACCUGUGCCCGACAUCGACUGAGUUUAACAGCCUUUCAGCUCAGCAUGUUCAGUCAAGAGUAUCUGAGCCUGAAGUUUCAUUACAACUGCCACAUUCUGAGGGUCAACAAAGCUUCCAUAAGCUCAUUACACAAGAUGAAGAAAUUGUGUUUCCUGGAAGACCUGCAGACAAGGGUUAUUCUAUUGCAAAAUCUUCUGGGAGCAGUCGUCAUUCUACAGACAAUCCUAUCAGCCACCCUUCUCUUCCAAAUGAAUUGACAGAACCUGGUGUACCAAUUCAGAAUGAUAAUAAGUUGCACCCCUUUGGCUUGCUUUGGUCUGAGCUUGAAGGUCAUACAAAACAAGCAAAGUCAUCCGCUCCAUCCACCAUGGGAAGGGCUGCUCCAUUUGGUGCUAUGGGUGAUCCAGCUCUUGCUGCAGAGACAUGGUCUGAUGUUUAUAGGAAAAAUGCUCAUGUUGACCCCAACUUGUAUCAAGAUGCCAUGGCUGCUCGCCAUUUGUCACUCAUGGAACAGGAAUCCAACCAUUUUGAUUUAGCAGAGCAGCUUAUGGCACAACAAUUUCAGCAGCAGCAGCAGCAGCAGCAGCAACUCCAACAACGAUCUAUGUUGUCUCCUCAUGCACACAUAAAUGAAUCAGUUUUAGAACAUGUGCCUACUCAGACUCUUUUACACCAACAGUUGGCCAAUCGUUCUGCUCCAGAUUUGGAUCAUCUGUUGACACUUCAGCUGCAACAGCAGCGGCAAAUUCAGUUCCAACAACAACAACAUCAAUUGCAUCAACAGCAGCAGUUUCAUCAACAGCAAAAGCUUUUGCAGGAGCAAAAGAUUUUGCAGGAACAAAAGCUUUUGCAGGAGCAAAAGCUUUUGCAGGAGCAACAGCAAUCUCAAGUCCGGCAGGUGCUUCUUGAACAGUUGUUUCGAAGUCAAAUGCAUGAUCCUGGCCUUGGGCAGUCACAUGUUGAUCCUCUCAGAGCCAAUCAUCAGGCUGUAUUAGAGCAGCUUCUUCUACAAGAAAUGCAACAACGGUCUCAUCAUCCUUCAAGGCAUAAUGAACCAUCUUUAGAGCAGAUUAUGCAAGCUAAAUUUGGUCAUAUGCCACAACAAGAUCAUCAGAGAGAUUUAUAUGAGCUUAUAUCACGUGCACAGCAUGGACACCAGUCAUUGGAGCAACAGCUUCUUCAACAAGACCAGCUGCAGGCCAGGCAGCUGUCAAUGGGAUUGAGGCAGCGGACUAAUAUUGAAGGAGAAAGGCAUAUUGGUUCUAUGUGGCCAGCAGAUGAAUCUGAUCAGUUUCUCAGGACUCAUGCUGGUCCUCACCGAACUCACUCUUCAGGGUUUGGCCCAAUGGAUGUUUAUCAGCGACAACAGAGGCCAUCCCAUGAGGAGCAGCUGAAUCAACUUGAAAGGAAUCUUUCAUUUCAGGAGCGGCUUCGGCAAGGUCUUUAUGACCCUAGCUCACUGCCAUUUGAGCGGUCAGUUUCUAUGCCUACUGGUGCUCCAGGGAUGAAUCUGGAUGUUCUAGCUAUGGCUCGUGCUCAUGGUUUGGAUAUGCAGGAAUCAAGUGCACGUAUGCAAUCUGCUGGUCAAGUGGGUACAUUUUCAUCUGGCAUCCACCCUCAUAAUCCCCAUCAUCCUUUGAUUCCCAACCAAUUUCAUGGCCCUCAAUUGGAUGCAAUUGAGGGCCGUUGGCCUGAGAACAAUGAGCAGCUAGAGAAUGACUGGAUGGAAUCCCGGGUUCAACAAUUGCAUAUCAAUCCAGAACGUCAGAAAAGGGAGUCAGAAGUUAAAAUGACUUCUAGAGAUCCAACUUUAUGGAUGUCAGAAGGGUUUAAUGAUGAGAAGUCAAAACAAUUGUUGAUGGAAUUGCUCCAUCAGAAAUCAGGUCAUCAAUCUACUGAGCCAUUGGAGGUGGGUAAGGAAACAAGGGCACCAUCUGGCCUUUAUUCUGGGUUAAGCUCCUCAGAUCACCCAUUCACUCUUCGUCUAGACCGAGAAGCAGGUCUGGAUAACACUUUUGCAGUGGGUUCUUAUGGUUCUAGUUCAUGCGAACCAUUACAGGAUGAGCGGGCCACCAGUUUGGAGAGCAAUGAAAUAAUGCCGUUUAGAUCUGAUUCUGGAUCAUUGGUUGAGGGAGAAUUGCGCUUGGCAGGCAUCAAUGAGACUGGUCAGGCAAUUUAUACAAACUCUAACAUGAUCGGCAAGUCGAUUAUGAGCAAUGAGUUCUCUGAGGCUGAGGGGAGGAAGCAUGGGUCUAGAAGUGAGGGUGUGAUGAAGGGUCCAGCUUUUGAGAUUCAGGAAGGCUUGGUUGAGCAAGCUGGGUUGGCUGCUCUAGACCGUGGGGAAAUUUUGAUUAAUGCCCUUAGCAGGCAGUCAUCAAUUGGCUCUGCAAGUGGGAAAACAGGAUUCUACAGUGACAAAAUUGGUAAUUCAUUUGUGGAGGAGGUUUCCAAAGUUUCUAAAGAGCGGGUGCCUGUUCCAUUAAAAGGGCAAGACAAUAAUAUUUUGCUGAGACGUCCUCCUGUCCCCCACCCAUCGUCAUCACAGGAAGGAUUGUCUGAGCUGGUCUCAGAUCAAGUUGCGAGAGGGAAAAUUUCUUCUAGUGGUGCUUCUGAUGGGGGAAGACGAGAACCUGGGGUGAAUUUAUUAAGCCAAGGUUCGGACAUCAUGGCAUCUGGCAAGAAAGACAUGCGUUUCCGGCGUACUUCAUCUUUUGGUGAUGCUGAUGUUUCAGAUGCAUCAUUUAUAGAUAUGCUGAAGAGUAAUGCAAAGAAAAGUGCACCGGCAGAGACUAAUUCAACAACAGGAUUUUCAGAGAUCACAGAUGGAGCACAAGGGGGACGAGGUGGCAAAAAGAAAGGUAAAAAAGGAAGGCAAAUUGAUCCUGCUCUUCUUGGUUUCAAAGUCACUAGCAAUCGCAUAAUGAUGGGUGAAAUUCAACGCAUAGAGGACUAGCCCUUUUGAUUUGAAUUUUCUUUUUCUAUAUGUUCAUUCCUUAAAAAGUUGUAUAGGUUCAAAGCCCUUGGUGUAAAGCGUCUAAAAUUCGUUAAUUUUUUCCCCGUGCAAUGAUGAUACGGCAGAGGCCAAAAUGCAUUUUUACAGAGUUUACAGCAUCAUGACAAUUUUGUACAGACUAACAAGGUCCAUAAGGAAAGUAUUCAGGUUAUAUAGAUUUGUAUAUUUUGAGAAAGAAUGUAGUUGCAGUUGGUUUUGACACUAUAAUCUUUAGAAGUGGCAGUUUUCUUCA